AUGCGUGGCGGCUCCAGCAAGGGCGUGUUCUUCCUCGAUAGGGAUCUGCCGUCUGCCGGCGCAGAACGAGAUGCCAUCCUGCUUCGCGUAAUCGGCAGCCCGGACGUAUACGGCAAGCAGAUUGACGAUUGCGAUGUGGAUUACCUGUUCGGGGCUCCAGCCAUCGAGACGCCGGUUAUUGACUGGUCGGGCAACUGCGGCAACCUGAGCUCGGCUGUGGGGCCAUACGCGAUCUCUGAAGGGCUGGUAGACGCGCCACGCGAUGGCAUGGCAGUUGUCCGGAUCUGGCAGGCCAAUAUCCAGAAGCGAAUCAUCGCCCACGUUCCCAUGCGCAAUGGCGCAGUUCAGGAGGAAGGUGACUUUGUCCUGGACGGAGUAGCUUUUCCUGCCGCCGAAGUCGUUCUUGAAUUUCUCAAUCCAGGCGGCUCGGACGGCAGCAUUCUGCCGACAGGCAAUGCCGUCGACGAGCUGGACAUUCCGGGUCUCGGCAAUUUCCCCGUCACACUGUUGAAUGCUGGUAACCCGACCAUCUUCAUCGAUGCUGCAAAGGUGGGAUUGAACGGUACAGAAACUCAAGAUCAGGUGAACGGCGACGCACCGUUGCUGGCGCGGCUUGAGACCAUUCGUGCUCAUUGCACUGUAGCAAUGGGAUUGGCCGAAAGCGCCGAAGAGGCAACGCGUCUGCGUCCUCAUACGCCAAAACUGUGCAUGAUUGCCAAGCCACAAGCCUAUCAAGCAGCGGGCGGAAAGCAGGUAGAGCCAAGCGAUAUCGACGUGAUCGCGCGGAUUCUCUCAAUGGGCAAGCUUCACCACGCGAUUACCGGAACCGGCGCUGUCGCGGUUGCCGUUGCGGCGGCGCUGGAUGGCACAUUGGUCCAUCGCAUUGUCGGCGAUAUCGGUGAUCGCCAGGUACGCAUGGGACACACAGCAGGCAGCGUGGCGGUAGGAGCGAAAACCGUCCUGGAGGAUGGAGCCUGGGUGGUCGAAAAAGCAGUCAUGAGCCGCAGUGCCCGCCGGCUGAUGGAAGGCUGGGUACGUAUCCCCGAAGUGGUC